AUGAGUGCGACUACGCCUUCAGCUGUGUUAGUGCACUUAGUUUCUGGCAGCGCUUUUUACAAGUGGCUUUGGCAGCAGUUCAAAGUCAUGGCGUUGGGCGCGUGCGAAAAGUUGGAAUGGCCUCGGCACACAUUGAAAAUGGAGCUUUCAUUGCGUAGACGUUGCCCCGAGAAUCUGGUGCAUUUCCACCUUGCAGUCACCGACUCCAAUCGACGCCAUAGGCUGAGCAAUGAGAAUGGCUUUUGGACGUUCAUGGGUGCCCAGCCACAUGUUCAGCCUGUUUUGGGAAAAGGGAGAUAUUUGACGAGGGCUCUUGAUGCUGGCCACUAUUACUGUCAGGCGCCGAAGAUAGGCAGCGUGCACGUGGCUACCAACUACGUGGCGUAUCGAGAUUUUACAGUGGAACUCCAAACAAUAUUUAACUUGUGGCGACGCCACAAGCUUGAAGAUUCUGUGGCGAAAUCCGAGCUCAUGACGGCACGUGGCCGCGGGACUCGCAACUACUUGGCCGAGAUCCAGCAUCAUGAGGCGUGGCAACAGGCGCGACGGAAUGCAGCGGUUAAGGCUUUGUUGGAAAGCUGGAUGCCUUGGAAGCCGAGCCGUAUCGUUCCUGCAGUUGUGGAAUGGAUGCAGCUCUUUGCAACAGUUGGCACGAGGGCACGCUUUCCUUUCCUGGUUCUUGUUGGCCCUAGCCAGUAUGGAAAAACCGAGUACGCGAAGCGGCUCUGGGGCGCAGAGCGGACGCUGGUGCUUUCAUGCGAGGGUAUUCGACAACCGAAUUUGAAGGGCUUUCAGCGACAAGUUCACAAAUGCAUAGUUUUCGACGAAGGCAAUGAAGAGAUGAUUUUGUCGAACAGGCAGCUCUUUCAGGCAGGUUUGAACGAGUGCAUGCUUGCGCAGUCCAACUGUCAAGAGCACUGUUACUCGGUGUGGCUGUAUGGCAUCGCUCUGGUGAUUUCCACGAACACCUGGCUUGGCGAGGAUCCAUGGCUUGCGAAGAAUGCAGUCGUCGUCCGCGUAGACGAGCCUCUCUGGCAUGAUGCGCCAGCGCUGUGCGCGUAA